AUGGAGGAGACGGUGGUGGUCCAGCGAGUGGUUCCGGCAGCCCCGGUUCUCUCCGCAGUGUCUGUACCGGAGGUACUUUCGGAGCUCGAAGGAGGGCAUGCUGCAGAUCACCUCAAGAAGAAGGAAAAGCGGCGGGAACGACAUGACCGGUGGAUGCAGAAACUUGGCGGAAUAUACCAACAGGCUCGGGACGAGAAGAACAAGAAACAACCAGACGUCGGAUCUUUGAACCUCACGGCGCUGCACCAUGUUCUUCCGUCUGCUCAAGCUCCAUCGCAGGACGGAGUACAGUCUUCGUCAUCCCCGCACUCGUCAGGUUCCGGACAUUCGAAAAAGGCUCAUGUGGCCGUAUCUCAAAGUGCACGUCGACAAGCUGGGGUGAACGAAAUCAUUCGAUUACAGAAAGUCAUUCAGCAUCCAACGUUCAAAGGGAACCCUCUUGCAACGAUACGGCAGCAUCUCCAAAACAACCUUGCGAAACAGAACGCCGCACAGUAA